AUGCCGUUUGUCCCGGUCGAUGCAGAAUGGGUGAAGGCCGGCAUGCCUGUCGAGAUGCCCCCCUCCCUGGCUCUCACGCUCCCGUUGCCUUUUGGACUUUCCCAACUACCCCGUCGUAAACCUUUGGUCUUCCUGAUACGGGACGGCGACCAUAAUUGGAGGACGCACGACCCUGAAGGAUCCGUUCGUGAAAUCGACAUCAUGGGCUGGCUUUUCUCCUACGUCAAGCCCCAAGGACGAAUAAUGCUGUUCUCAUCACCUCUUCGUCGAGCUAUCAACACCUCCUUGGGGCUCUUUUCGGCUGUUUUCACUACAAACCCUGACGCCCGUCUGAGACUGCUACCAUAUGCCUGCGAGAUUGUAACUGGUGCUAUUGCUGAUGUCGGCUCGCCCAGAAAGGUUCUAGAGCAGCAAUAUGGCAACAAGAUCAAUGCCGAAUCCCUUGGAGAGGAAUGGUUCAAGGAAGAACGGAUAGCAAAAGCCACGCUUCAGAACAGUUUCUGGCGUGCCCGAGAGGUGCGAAGAUUUCUCCGGGAUGUGCCGCCCGAAAUCGAUGCUGUUGUCCUUGUCAGUCACAGCGCUUUUCUCAAAUACUUGACCGACAAUGACCCAUCAACGGACUGGGACGCACACGAACUGCGGGUGUAUACGUUCAGGGACACCGAAUCAGCAAGUCAAGAAGCCCGUCUAGAGGAACACCCUGCCUCGUUAGCCAUACGGAGAACGCUUCAAGAACGGCUUGCUGGACAACGAAGACGGGCGACGGAAGAGACGAUUCGACGUUUGCAGGAUGGUCAGCUGCACUUCCAAUUCCAAUGA